AUGUUUAUGUCGUCCGCAACGUGUCUGACGUUCUUUGUUAUGCUUGCUGCACUGAUCAUUGCCCUUAUCCUUGUCAUCACUACUGUCAAGGCAAUCGGCAGUGUGACCCAGGACUGGCAGGGUCAUGCAGGUAUUUCAAUUUGGUUCACAAUCGGCAUGGUCAUUAGUCUUUUACUCGCCUUUUUAUGCUAUUGUCUUCGUGCAUGUUUUAGGCCUCGAACUGUAGGGCCUCACAAGUCAACAUAUCGCAAGUCAGCACCAUUUGCCCUUCAGGCUCAUUCACCUGCAACGUAUCCUAUGCAACAACAUCACCAACCGUAUUAUUAUCAGCAAGAGCAAAAGCCAGAGGCUCAAGAUGGUUAUAUUGCUUCACAGCAAGUAGAACAGCCUCACGAUAGCUAUAUGGCUUCACAGCAUAUAGAACAGCCUCAAGGUGGUUAUAUGACUUCACAACAUGCAGAACAACCUCAAGAGUAUCACCUAUAUCAACAUGCAGAAAGUAGUCAAGCUGCUGCUCAACGACAGCCUGAUCAUGAUCAACAUUAUUCUCCUGCUUUACAUAUGCAAUACUUGGCGCCUGUUUAUAAUAGCGGAGUACAUCCUGAAGGUGGACUGCAGCACUCUUAA